AUGCCGCAUCUUGCGGAGUUCAAGCUGCUCGUCGUUGGCGAUGGCGGCGUCGGCAAAUCGGCGCUCCUGCAGCGCCACUUGGCAGGCGAGUUCAAGGAGGGGUACACCGCCACGCCCAAUAUCGAAGCCCACACGCUCCGAUUCGAGGCCAUUUUUGGACCGGUGCGGCUCAACUGCUGGGACAUUGCCGGUCAGAGCUGCCGCGACAGCUUUUACCUCGGCGCCCAUGGCGCAAUCAUCAUCUUUGACGUCACGUCGCGCCUCUCGUACACGAACGUACCCAAUUGGCGCCUGGACGUUGUCCGCGUCAGCGAGAACAUUCCGAUCGUGCUCUGUGGCAACAAGGUCGACGCCGUCCAGCACCGCGAGGUCAAGCCCAAGCAGAUCACGUUCCACCGCCAGAAGAACCUGAACUCGUUGGCGACGAAAGUGAGGUUUACCGAUGCAAUCGCGAUCCAUCCCCCAGCGCUCGAGUUGGAUGCAUCGAUGCUUGCCCGUCUCGAGGUCGACUACGUCGCAGCCAUGAACGCGCCACUGCCCGAGGUCGACGACGAGGACGUGUAA